CUCUUGUUUUCUCGCGGCUCAUUGGUCGACCUGCUCAUCAAAUCAAAUGUCAGUCGAUAUGCAGAGUUCAAGAACGUCACCAGAAUACUCACCUAUCGCAACGGAGCGGUGGAACAGGUGCCCUGCAGCAGAGCCGAUGUGUUUGCCAGUCGUCAGCUGUCUGUGGUAGAAAAGAGGAAGUUGAUGCGUUUCCUGACUUCCUGUGUGGAGGAGACGGAGGAGCAGCGAGCCUACCAUGGUCGGCCAUAUUUGGAGUUCCUGUGUGACCAGAAGCUCGGUGACAACCUGCAGCACUUCCUGCUUCACUCCAUCGCCAUGGUAACAGAAGACACGCCUACGGAGGACGGCCUCGCUUCCACGCGCCACUUCCUGCGCUGCCUGGGUCGCUACGGCAACACGCCAUUCCUGUUUCCUGUCUACGGCCUCGGGGAGAUACCCCAGUGUUUCUGUAGGAUGUGUGCUGUGUUUGGAGGAAUCUACUGCCUGAGGCAUUCAGUCAACUGUCUGCUGGUGGACAAAGAAACCAACAGGUGUAAGGCGGUGAUUGACAGCCGAGGACAGCGAAUCAGCUGCAGCCAUUUUGUGGUGGAGGAUGGCUUUGUGGGAGCGGAGCAUAAGAAACAGGCCACGCCCACCAGGUCAGAACGGACCAAUCAUCAUCGAAGCAUCAACCCCACACCCUAGCAACCACCAACGAUUUAAUGAUACCCUAGCAACCACCAACGAUUUAAUGAUACCCUAGCAACCACCAACGAUUUAAUGAUACCCUAGCAACCACCAACGAUUUAAUGAUAUCCUAGCAACCACCAACGAUUGAAUUAUACCCUAGCAACCACCAACGAUUUAAUGAUAUCCUAGCAACCACCAACGAUUGAAUUAUACCCUAGCAACCACCAACGAUUUAAUGACACCCUAGCAACCACCAACGAUUUAAUGACACCCUAGCAACCCAACGAUUUGAUGAUACCCUAGCAACCACCAACGAUUUGAUGAUACCCUAGCAACCACCAACGAUUUAAUUAUACCCUAGCAACCCAACGCUUUAUGAUACCCUAGCAACCCAACGCUUUAUGAUACCCUAGCAACCCAACGCUUUAUGAUACCCUAGCAAUCACCAACGCUUUAUGAUACCCUAGCAACCCAACGCUUUAUGAUACCCUAGCAACCCAAUGCUUUAUGAUACCCUAGCAAUCCAACGCUUUAUGAUACCCUAGCAACCCAACGCUUUAUGAUACCCUAGCAACCCAACGCUUUAUGAUACCC